CUUUCUUUUCCGGUGUCUCCCGCUAUUCAACCUGUUCGAAUUUUUCUUGAGCUCGUUAGAAUUUUUGGAAUUAUCAUUUCCAAAAGUACAAUAUCCCGACUAUUCUCCAUUAAUCGAGAAGAAUAACAUGUUAGGAAUUGUCGAGUGUAUAACAUAUAUAUAUAUAUAUAUGUAUACAAACUGUACCGGUAACGAACACAAGCCGGCAAUGUUUCGCAAAUGUAAACAAUCGAGCGUUUAACCUAUCUCGGCAUACUGCGUACGAUCUUUCAUUUCGUUAGCGUACUUCGUCCUGUAAACAUCGUAGUUUAGCUCAAUGAAUUUCUAAUUCUAUUCUAUCCUCUUUUAAUAUUCCUAUUUUAUCUCAAUUAUAGAAGAAUCUUAAUAGGUCAUUCCUGUAUCGACGAAAUCUUCGACGAUGGAACUUUCUAGCAAGGAUAAAUGGAUUACUGUACAUAAAUAACCGAAUGGACGAAUCGCUCGGUAACAGAGAGAGAGAGAGAGAGAGAGAGAGAGAGAGAGAGAGAGAGAGAGAGAGAAAAAGUCAACAAUUAUUUUAGUAUAAUGCCUGUUUCAUCCGAUCAGCUGAUCAUGAGGAAGCUGAAUCGACGUAACGGUCCAAGCCAGGAUGGCCAGUUGGCCGUUGAAAACCGUGCUCCUGUUCAGCGCCCUCAUCCUUGUUCGUGGACUUUAUGUUUCAGGACGAGGAGUGGUGCUGGACAGUCAGGGUCCAGUUUUGGUUUCGGAGCCACGUUCAUCGGUGGAAUUUUCGAACGACACCGGUGCGAUGAUCCACUGUUCGGCACACGGCAGUCCAUCGCCUAGGAUCGAUUGGCUGAUGGGCGAUGGCUCACCCGUUUUACCAAUACCGCAUAUCCGUGAUAUGCUGGCGAAUGGUUCAAUGCAUUUCCUACCGUUCGGUGCCGAGAGUUACAGACACGACGUACACUCAGCAGUUUACAGAUGUCAAGCCUCGAACAGUGUCGGUAGGGUGCUCGGCCGUGAAAUCACGGUAAAGGCCGUGGUCCGGCAAAAGUACGAAGUUCAAGUGCGAGACGCCUACGUUUUGGUCGGUAACACGGGUGUCCUUAGGUGUGAAAUACCAUCGUUUGCGAAGGAUUACGUAAAAGUUACUUCUUGGGUCCAGGAUUCGGCUUUCAACAUCUUUCCCACACACGAAAGCGGUGGCAAAUACCAUAUGUUACCAACUGGCGAACUUCUGGUCUUCUCUGUGACUUCCACCGAUGCUCAUGCAAGUUACCGAUGUCGUACCGUCCAUCACGUGACCGGCGACACCGUCGAAAGUUCGUCGUAUGCACGACUGGUGGUCACCGAACAUAGAAAUCCAGUACCACCGAGAUUCAACGAACGUGUCAGUCCAGCGCCAAUUCGUACGGGUGAAACUAUCGUAUUAUCCUGCAUCUCUCAAGGAAUACCACCACCAACGUAUCUAUGGUUUCGAGAGUCCGUCUCUGGCACGGCAAUGAUCUUCAACUCGGAGAGAAUUCAUGCUAGGGCUGGGGUGUUAAUUCUUCAAGCCGCGAGACCCGAGGACGCUGGCCGAUACGUCUGUCAUGCGAAUAAUACCGCUGGCUCGGAGAGAGUCGAGCUUGAGGUCUCCAUCAUCAGUAGCAUCUCGAUACAUCUCACUCCUCAACAGGUCACCGUUGAUCUCGGAAAGGAUGCGGAAUUUCAGUGUUCCGUAACCGGUCGACCGCUUCCGGUAAUUUCUUGGGCAAAGGACGGACUUCCUGUGAGGGAAGGCUCAUCCGGUAGAACGAAAAUCACUGAGAAUGGUGGCUCGACCUUACAUAUAUCCUCAAUUGUCAGGGACGACAAGGGAAUGUAUCAAUGCUUCGCAAAGAAUGAUUACGAAAUGGUACAGGCUACUGCGGAAUUACGUUUGGGUGAUGCGGCCCCACAACUCCUCUACAAAUUCAUCGAGCAGACUAUUCAACCGGGUCCCUCUGUCUCCUUGAAAUGCAUUGCCACGGGAAAUCCUACGCCGCACUUUUCCUGGACUUUGGACGGUUUUCCUUUGCCUCAAAACGACAGGUUCAUGAUAGGACAAUACGUGACGGUACACGGUGACGUGAUAUCUCACGUGAACAUAAGCGCGGUACACGUUGAAGAUGGCGGUGAGUAUCAAUGUUCUGCCGUAAAUCGAGUGGCUCAGGCUCAUCACUCCGCUCGUCUCAACAUUUAUGGCUUGCCGCACGUACGUCCUAUGGGUAACUACGCGGCCGUAGCUGGUGAGACCACGAUCAUCAAGUGUCCGGUCGCUGGUUUUCCAAUCGCCAGUAUCACGUGGGAAAAGGACGGACAAAUUCUACCGACAAGUCGUAGGCAAGAGGUAUCUCCAAAUGGGACAUUGGUUCUUCAUCGAGUCGACAGUUCUACGGAUCGUGGUGCAUACACUUGCACAGCAAAGAACAAACAAGGUCGAUCGGAUUCGCAAACAGUGCACAUUGAAGUUAAAGUUCCACCCACGAUAGCUCCAUUUAGCUUUAACAAGGAUCUCUCGGAGGGUGUACGAGCACAGGUGACCUGCAUGAUCGAGAAAGGCGAUCCGCCGUUCACGAUCAUCUGGUCGAAGGACGGCGAACCGAUUGGCAGUUCAGGUACAGCUGCUUUCGGGAAUACCGGGAUAACGGCUCCCAGACACUCACAGACACCCGCGGGGCUGCGUGUAACCAGCAUUGACGUCCAUUCCAGUUCCAUAGUUAUCGACCGCGUCACCGCAGAACACACAGGAAACUAUACUUGCCUGGCUCGCAAUUCGGUCGCCGAGGUCGUCUGGACGGCCGAAUUGGUCGUUCGUGUGCCACCACGUUGGGUAAUGGAGCCUCAAGAUGUUCGUGCGUCAGAAGGAAUGUCAAGAUUGGUCCUCCAUUGUCACGCCGAAGGAUUUCCACCGCCUGCUAUUACUUGGCGUAGAGCAACAGGGAAAAAACCUGGCAAUUAUUACGACAUCGCAAGUCACGAACACACUCAAGAUCUUCGAAUACACUCAAAUGGUUCACUCGUCUUUGGUCGAGUACAAGAGGAUCACGAGGGAUUUUAUUUGUGCGAAGCACUCAAUGGUAUCGGUGCUGGAUUGAGCAAGGUGGUCUACUUAACUGUCAAUGUUCCUGCACACUUCGUUGAAAAACAUCGUAAUCAAACUGCGAGGCUUGGUUCAAAUGCGUCGCUUCGUUGCGAGGCCAAGGGCGAUCAUCCCUUAAAGAUAAGCUGGCGAAAGGGUGGCCUUCAAAUAGAACCAACUCUUUCCGACUAUCGCUAUACCCUCAAGGAAGAGAACACCACUGAUGGUCUUAUCAGUGUGCUUGGUUUCGCAAGCACCAGCAGAGAAGACAGCGGUAGAUAUUUUUGCAUUGCUACCAAUGCUUAUGGCCGAGAUGAAACUACCAUUCAUCUUUAUAUACAAGAACCGCCGGACUUCCCUCGGAAUCUCCACGUGAUCGAGAAAGGAAGUCGUUACAUCAAAAUUGGAUGGACAACCAGCCAAGAUGGCAACAGCCCGAUUACACAAUACAUUAUCGAGUACAAGACGGACUCCGAAGUCUGGCACGAUCAUACCUUUCAUACAACCGUAUCAGGAUCCAGAGCUUAUGGUCAUGUGAGCGGUCUUCGACCAGCCGUCACUUAUCAAUUUCGCGUUUACGCAGAGAAUGAACUCGGUAGAAGUCAAGCUAGCGACGGGACGACACGUCCUAUCGUGUCGUUAAUCCUACCGUGUCUUAGCGAAGGCCCCCCUGGUGCUUUUCAGAUUUUAGACGCGACGACAGAUGGGGAAAAGCCAGGAGGUCCUCCGAGAAACCUCAAGGUGGAACCCGUCAGCUCGACCGAGUUUAACGUCACCUGGGAUCCACCUGAUCAUGAUUUAUGGAAUGGGGAAAUUCUCGGUUAUCACGUUGGAUACAAGGAACACCGUUUGGCAGCCGAACAGUACACUUACAGAACGGUCGAAAGAAGAAUUUCAACAGCCAGUGUGGCGUUAGGCUUGGCAAGGACCUCUUUGCCAGGUCGUCAAUAUCAAUUGAUGAAUUUAAAGAAGUUCACUCGAUAUAGUGUAGUAGUACAAGCCUACAAUACUCUCGGCCAAGGACCAGUAACACCAGAAAUCGUUGUUACUACUCUCGAGGAUGUACCAAGUAAUCCACCUCAGGACGUAAGAUGUACGGCAUUGUCCUCGCAAUCGUUGCAACUCUCAUGGGAUCCACCGCCGGAUUCCAGUUUGAAUGGCAUUCUGAAGGGUUACAAAGUGAUGUGGGAGAACAUGGACUCUCUAACGGAAUCUAGCAAGUCCGAAAUGAAGAUCACCACUGCUCUAACUGUGGUGAUACAUAGCCUCGAAAAAUAUACGAAUUAUUCGGUACAAGCGUUGGCCUUUACAAGAGCUGGCGAUGGAGUUGCCUCGGCACCACUUUACUGUGUCACCGAAGAAGACUUUCCCGAAGUCCCAGCCGGUGUCAAGGCCGUUGCUAGUUCAGCCACAUCCAUCAUCGUCUCUUGGUUACCACCACUAAGAAGCAACGGCAAUAUCACUUCGUACAACGUUCAUAUCCGUAGCGUUGGUGCUGACAGCAAGUGGUUUAGACGAGCCAUCUCACCCCAUCAAACUAGUUACCAAGCUGAGAAUUUGCAUAAAAGGAAUCAGUAUGAGUUCAGUAUAGCUGCUAUCACGUCGGUUGGUGAGGGACCAAAGACUCCAUUGAUUACUGUCUCGCCAUCGAGCGAAGUUCGAGCUGCAAUUUAUUCGUUUGGUGUGGUCCUCAUCGUUCCUUGGAAACAAGACGUCACUUUAUCUUGUCAGAGCGUUGGCAAACCAGAACCUUCGGUAAUCUGGAAACAAUGGGGUCAAAUGGUGAAAUCAUCCGCGAGAAUAUCCAUGUUGCCAGACGGUUCCUUACAGAUUACAGAGUUACACAGAGAGGACAGUGGGAAUUACACUUGUUUCGUUGAAAAUCGUCACGGUUCCGAUCAAAUAACUCAUCGUUUGACCGUACAAGUUCCACCGGCAGCACCACUUUUACACGCCACCAGCGCGACGAGUAAUUCGAUAAACGUUCAGUGGAAGAACGGUGACGAUGGCGGUGCUCCGAUAAGAGGCUACAUCCUCCACUAUAAACGAGAAUCCGGCGAAUGGGAAGAGGUCAAAGUGUCUCAUAAGAUGAGCAGCUUCGUACUGUCUCGUCUUUGGUGUGGCAAUGAUUAUCAGAUGUAUCUGACGGCGUACAAUCGAAUUGGUAUGGGCUCGCCUAGCGAAAUUGUCAAAGCCAGAACCGAAGGUUCAAAGCCAGAAGAUUCGCCUGGUAGCGCCGAUAAAUUUAUCACCGUCAACGUAUCCUGGAUCACGCUUCAUCUUAGUACCUGGAACGACGGUGGCUGUCCUAUAACAUACUUCGAAUUAGAGUUUCGAAAGAACGGAGAAGAUAUUUGGACUUUAGUUUCCAGCAACAUCGAGGUACAGAAGACUUAUACUUUGAGCGAGUUACAGCCUGGUACUACCUAUGACAUACGUAUACGAGCACACAAUAAUGCCGGUUCCUCGGUCGUCGAAUACAAAGUGACGACCUUACAACUUCACGUUAGCUCAACGAUAGCAACGAUCGAGAUCGAUCAUUUUAUACCACAGCAUACGCCGGUAUACUCGGACCUAAAAUUGAUCGUUCCACUGAUACUGAGUUCUUUGGCCGUUAUCGCUGCAGCAGGUGCUGUAUUUUACUGUUUUCGAAAACUAUCGAUCGUAGGUUCUUUCAUGGGUGAUAUGGGUAGCCUACACGAUGCUCAAACUGCUGCGGCAUUAGACAAUAAACAGAAUAUGGAACAACGAGAACAAUAUUAUGCCACCGUCAGAAAACCUCUGCGUUCUCCGAUACGUGAAAUGGCCACGUUAGAAAAAAUUCCAGAAUAUUCGGAGGACAUCUAUCCGUAUGCCACAUUCCAAUUGGAGGAAAGUGUUCCCGCAGGAGGUGACAGCCGUUGCAAUUCAGCAGCACCACUUCAGACCUUCGUUUAUCAUGAUCCUCGGCUGUCUACUGCCGAUACUCUACAAUUAAGAGAGUCGGAUUGCAACCGGUACACUAAGGUACGCGGAGGCCGUUCGUCCUCUGCACCGUUGCACAAAACGCACAAGGUCAGUCAGGGCAAGUCCGAGUCGGAGGAAUACGACACCCUGGGCUCGGACAGCGACACGGAAGUCGGGACCAGCAGCCGAACCGAGUCUUCCAAUCAUCUCGUCGAUUCGCACCAUUCGGCGUCUGCCGCCGAUUCGCGUGUCCACAACUUCCUGUACCAUGGACCAGAAUCUAGCACGUCUACAGAACCCUCACCGAUUCUUGAGAGAAAAUCGUUUCCUGGAAGGGGAAGACCCAAGAUGUUACGGUUGGCGCGUCAUCCCAGCGAGGAGACCCGUACCAACUUCGGGCCAAUCACCGGGAUUAGCAAUUCCAAGCACCAGUCGAGCAAUUCCUGUACCAAUCGGGACCAGGAGCGUGACGGAUCAGGAAACUUGUUCGUCCCCAAGUUGGACCCACCCUCGGGCUUCUCCGACGCGUUUGAGUUAAGCGAAGCAGAGUGCGACCUUGACCGUGGUCACUGUAGCCAACGAAAUGUCCGUGACUUCGUAAUCGCGGUGUAAAUAAAUGUAAACCUGACGUAUAUACGUUCGAGCGCGCGCGCAGAAACAAAGAGACACCUAAAAUCAGGCAAACUAAUUGACCGACCGGCCGACUUACCUGCCAACAAACCCCAAUCAACCAACCUAGCCUACCUACCUACCUACCUACCUACCUACCUACCUACCUACCUACCUACCUACCUACC